AUGGCUGCUGAUUCGCCUGCAGAAUCUUCCCGUCCUGCUGAUGAACAGACACUACCGAGUGGGCCGCCUACAUCUCCUGACACGGAGCCUAUGCCGAAGAAGCUCAAGAAGGACGAAGUGCCGGAAGACAAGAAGGGAGAUAAUGAGGAAGAUGGCGGAAAAGAUGAGGGUGAGGUGAAUACAGGAGGUGGCAAAGAUGGCUCGCAACCUCCGCUUCCUGAUGAAGAAGUCCCUCCCCUUCCUGAUGAGCCGGUGCCAGAGGGUGUGGAAGAUGAUGGUUGGGAUGCAAUGUGGGAUGACAAUUCACAGGCUUACUACUUCUAUAACCGUGUCACUGGGCUCUCUCAGUGGGAGAACCCUCGAGUACCAGACGCAACACAGCCAAGGCUUUCGGGAGCGAGCGAGGGUACGGAUAAAACAGGGGGGAACAAGCAACAGGCUCCUCGACAGCCACGAGCUGCCGGUGGUUAUGACCCGUCUAUACACGGUGACUAUGACCCGACAGCUUGGUACGCUCAACAAACCGAAGAGGACCCCUCUGCAUCAGCUGCAGCUGGCUCUCAAGACCCUAAUAUCCUGUAUACCGCGACAGGCACUUUUAAUCGGUUCACGGGCCAAUGGCAGUCUACUGGCUUGGGGCCAGAGAAAUUCAAUGACGAGAACAAAAGUUAUCGACAGCUGAACGCCUUCUUUGACGUGGAUGCCGCAGCCAACAGCCAUGAAGGAAAGAGCCUCAAAGCUGAGCGGAGUGGGAAGAAGUUAACUAAGAAGGAGCUGAAAGCAUUUAGGGAAAAGAGACGAGAAAGAAAGGAGGAAAAACGCAGAGCCUGGCUGCGAGAUUAA